GUUACACGUCAGCUUUCGUGCCGGAUUUGUAUACUUGUAAAACCUGUGUAAAACUUGCCUCUUUCAAUCUAUUUAACUCAUAUUUAGCUACCAUGAAUCACGUUAGUUUUUUCGUUUUAUUGUUGGUCGGAUUCACAAAUGCCUAUUACAUGACGAUAGACGCUCAUGCUGAAGAAUGCUUCUUUGAAAAGGUUUCAGCAGGAACAAAAUUAGGUCUUACAUUUGAAGUAGCAGAAGGUGGAUUUUUGGACAUUGACUUCAAUAUUGUUGGUCCCAAUGGUCAGACGAUUGAGUCUGGUGAACGUGUGAGCAAUGGAAAGUAUGCCUUCAAAGCAGACAUGGACGGAGUGUACACUUACUGCUUUUCCAACAAAAUGUCUACAAUGACUCCCAAGAUUGUCAUGUUUACCAUUGACGUUGGAGAGCCUACUGCUGAACUUCACCCAGAUGCAGCCAAUGGAAAUCAUACCAAGCUGGAAGAAAUGAUCAAAGAACUCUCAGGCGCCCUGCGAACAGUGAAACACGAGCAGGAUUACAUGAAUCUGCGUGAACGCGUUCACAGGACCAUCAACGAAAGCACAAAUUCGCGAGUUGUGAUGUGGUCAUUUUUCGAGGCCUUUGUCCUUUUGACCAUGACUGCCGGUCAGGUGUAUUAUCUCAAGAGGUUUUUCGAAGUCAGACGAGUGGUUUGAUCAAUUGAGAAUGUCCAUCCAAAAUAAAUUUGUGACUCUUGUGUAAGUGAAUAAGGUUUAAAUAAACAUGAAUUUCAACCAUCA